CGAAGCACGCCAACUCCGAAUCCUCAUCAGCUUUCUUCUUGUAUGCCCGAGACCACGCAUCCGGUCACAAGAGAAAACAAAAUGUCGUAUAUAAAACAUCAUUCGGUCUGGUCAUCAUGGCAGAACAUUACUCACCAAACCGUCGUUCACAUCUACCACACCUCUCCUCGGCCAGACAACCACCCCAACCAUGCACAUCCUGAUUGUAGGCUCAGGCAUUGCCGGACCGACCCUGGCUUACUGGAUCUCCCAUAAUCUGGAAAACUCCAUCACUGUCCUUGAGAAAUCUCCCUCGCUUUUGCUGUAUGGGCAAAAUGUCGACAUUUCAGGCAGCGCGGUAACAUGCAUAAAAAAGAUGGGUCUGAUGCCGCAAGUUAAGCAUUGCAACACCAAAGAGCUUGGCACUCGGUUUAUCGACUCAUACGGAAAGCCAUUUGCACCUUUCCCAAUCAAAGAAGGAAGCUCAGCAAGUCUAACAUCGGAGUACGAAAUCCUGCGAGGCGAUCUAGCAAAGAUCUUGUACAACGCAACACAGUCCCAUUCCAAUGUGACCUAUCUCUUCAAUACCACAAUCACGGAAAUCCUCCAGAAUGAUUCUUUGAGCGUAAAAGUACUCCUCAGCGACAACACAGUACGCACGUACGAUCUUCUAGUGGCAGCAGAUGGCCAGUGGUCUAAGACACGCAGUCUGAUCUUCCCGUCCCAACAAGUCACAAUUAGCCAUCAGGGCAUGUACUCUGUGUAUUUUACCGUACCACGACGCGCAACCGAUACGGCAUGGUGGAACAUUUUCGUCGCACAGGGCUCACGUACUAUUUCCACACGUCCUGACCCUCAUGGUACACUUCGUGCGUUGUUCACAUUCAUGCCAACUACCUCCGCCCAAGAAGCCCAGUGGGCCGAAGCAAGUAGGAUGGGAAGAAAGUUACAACAAGAACUUCUUCGCAAAGAGUUUGCAGACGCGGGUUGGAUUUGCGACAGACUUCUUGGUGACGUGGCCGCAGCACCAGACUUCUACUUCCAUGCCAUCAACCAAGUCAAGAUGCAACGGUGGAGUCACAAUCGUGUGAUCUGUUUGGGAGAUGCGGCAUUUUGUCCCAGUCCGUUGACAGGCAUGGGGACGUCGCUCGCAGUUCUAGGAGCGUAUAUUCUGGCGGGAGAAUUGAGCUGCAUGACUACUUUCUCUUCUUCUGUUUCGACUUCACUUUCAAUGGAUGCUCUUGCGACUGCGCUUGCGAGUUACGAAGCGAAAUUUCGACCGUAUGUUGAGCAGAGUCAAGAAAUUCCACCUUUUGUACCGGGGUUCAUGCAUCCAGAUUCGGCGUGGAAGAGAACGAUAUUGCAUGGAUUCUUGACAAUGGUGUCCAGGGUAGUAAGGUGGGAAUGGGUCGGCCGAUGGUUGGGGGACGCAGAGAGUAGGGAUGAUGGGUUCAAGUUACCAGAGUAUGUGGCGUUUGAAAGCAAAGACAAGAAGUAACACAAUGCGGAUGGAAAGGAGGAGAUGGGGUAACGUAGUUGUACUUCAGGUAAACAAACAUGGGUAUCUUGAUUAUUACAACCUAUACCGUAAAACUAGUCAAUCGAAUGGGAAAAGAGACAAAGAAUAAGUCAAUAGCACUCCAUGACUGAGACCAACAACGCCACGCUAUG